AUGGGUAUACUACAAAAAGAAACCUGGGAAGGCAGGAUUGUUUACAAUCAGAGUCAAAAGAAUAUCCUUCAAGCUCGGUUUGGACAUGACCCUUACCCUGAAAAAGCAACCAGGAAACAAUGGGCCAAGGAAAUGGGUGUUCCAGAAUCUAAAAUUCAGAUGUGGUUUAAAAACCACAGAGCAGAACAGAGAAAACUGGGGUUCGACUCCUCCUCAGAAGAAGACAAAACCCAUGGGCAGGAGCAGCCUCAGCCUUGUACUCAAGAAUACUUAACAAAAGGAGCCAGACAAGACCAGACAUCCAAACCAAGAUCUCAAUCAAAUGUUCCAGUUCAAGCCUUUGAGAGAAACCAAUUCCUAGAUAUUGCAACUAGGGAAACACCAGUCAAACAAACAGGCAUUCCAGAAUCAAGAAUUCAAAUGUGGUUUCAAGACCAAAGAUCUCUGUACCCUGGGCAGAGCAGAAGCGAGCAUGUGAAUUCCUCUGUAGACGGCCCACAUGGGAGGCCUGGUCUGACAGUUCAGCAGCAUGAAAUUGACUUGUCCACGCUCCCAGGCAGAUCUUUCAUCAGGAGCCAGUCACUUCCACCUAUUCUUCUCCCUUGUGUUAUCCAAGGGCAAACUGUCACGAUGCAGCCCAUGAAGUCUGUGCAGGGAGGAGAGAACUGCCCCUUUGCUCUAACUCUUGGGAAUUAUGUGCCAGUACUGCUGACCGUGGGAGGAGACCCAGAUACUCAGCACCCUUUCUGGCCUCCACGCCAAGAUCACCAGGAUCAGCAAGAAGAGACGGCCAUGGGACGACCGCAGUUGGAAGAUUACUCUCAGCCUCAACCUGAGCACAAAAAACCACCACUGCAGGAUCUGGGUGAGGUGGAUAUAGCUUACAUUUUGCAGUGCUGGGAUGAGUCCUGCCAGGCUCUGCUUGCAGACUGGGAUCCUCGAAAAGGGCUCACUGAGACAGAUUAGUGGGUGCAGCACACACAGGCAGCUGGGAAACCAGCUCAUGCCCUUGGUCAGCCAUCCAGCAAUAUACAGAAGCUUCAAGAAACCUUUGGGUCAACUCCUGACACCUAGAGAUUGCCAGUAAAAGGUACAAACAUUUCUGAAUCCUCAUCCAUAGGAAGAGGACCCUCCAGGAUUCCAGUGGUGCUCAGGGAGUAAGACUCUCAGCCCCUUCUAAACACGCGGCAAACCUCACCAGGGCUUGGGCUUCAGGAAGAAGAUGGCAUUCCUGGAACCUGAUCCCAGCCUCCUUUCUUCUGACGCAGAUCAGAGCAAUUUGAAGAAUGAUGAUUAAGGAGGCCAUCCUGUCAGGGGCAAAACUUAAAGCAAGGGGAAGGAAAAACCACUUGGAAGCCCAAAUGGAGGUUGUUUACUCUGUCUUGUGGGCAGUCAUCUUCUGUACUCACUUCACUAAGUACAGCGUUGUUUCCAAGCUCCACACCUGCCUCUGGAAGCACCAUGGGCACGAGGCAGUGGACACGUCUGCUGAGUUGUUGUGGAAAAAAGGUAUUUUACUGACAAAUAUUACCUCUUCUCUAUAAUCACCAUAUCUGCCAUAGCCUGGAAAAUCUACAAACCAACCUAACUCAGGCAAAAAUAGGUCUCUGAGGGACAUAUCAGAACUUCUUUCCCUCGUGGCAACAUGAGAAGGCAAACUUGAAAUUAGUUUGCUGUGUGGAAAAUGAAAGGCUAUUUUAUUUCCUUCAUAUAAGUGACCUUCUUCUCUAAGUUCUGAGGGUCUAAAUUGGGAACUAGACGCUACCUCAUUAAUAGAGGUAUUAAUGAGUAUCAGUAUCCAUCAUUAAUAGAAUGAGUAAAUGGAUUAGGACAAAUCCAUAAUACUGA